AUGGACGGCACACUUUCAGCUCACUGGUCGGAGCAGUCGGCCAAUUCUCAGACCCAGUCGGAAUCUCCAGAACGAGAGGAUCAACACGAUGGAGCCUCGCCCUCCGUGGGACCCGAAGUCGCGAAACUGUCAUGUGACAAUUGUCGAAAACGAAAAGUAAAAUGUAAUCGUCGAUUACCGGUGUGUUCUCUGUGCGAGAAGCUGAGGCAUCAUUGCGUGUACUCAAAUGCACGCAAGCGGCCGCAACGGAGGACGAGGUAUUCUGAGCUUGAAGAAAGGUUGCAGCACAUGGAGAAAGUGUUAGUGGAGGGCAAACCGGGAAAAGAGGGCAUCGACGCGCGAUCCCGUUCUCUACCAAGCAGUCUGCACCAUGGCUCAAGAUCGCCCGAGGGAGAGAGUCGUCCAUAUCCAGGAGACUUGAUCAUUUCUCGGCCUCGAGUUGUUGAUCCCAGAUUCUCGUGGAAUAUACCCGAGAAGGGCUUGAUCGAACCACUCGACAUUGGUUUUCAAGCUCCAAGUCCAGGCCCCGAUGCCGAUGAAGAUCCCGCAAGCUAUAUUUGUGGUUCGUUACCGAUCUUCUCAGCUCGGGGCGUUCAGUGGAUAGACCAAUUGUUAGGGGACUGUAGCUUCAGCACGAUGGUCAAGGGAAUACGACGACCUGAAGGCGGCGUGAGUCAAAAUCUGGGCUUACUGACCCCACCAGCAAAUCUAUUACCCAGCCACAAGCUUGCAGAUUCAUGUGUACGAGGAUUCUUCGCAACAUUGAAUAGUGAAUCACCCUUAUUUCAAGAAGAGAUGAUAGCUUCGUAUUUAAACUGUCACCAUGGCGGUAACCAGAUCUUAAAGGUCGGAUACAUCGCAGCCAUCAACAUCAUCGUUGCAUUUCAAAGGUUCCGGUGCUACCCAAUCAGGUACAAAGCCGACCCUGAUAUCCACCUCGGGAACGCUCUAGCACUUCUGCCUCGCUUGAUCAUCGAAGGUCCCAGCAUAUUAAAUGUUGGUGCAGUGAUGUGUAUAGCUUUAUACUUCAUCUUCGCGUCUGAGUGUGAAAGAGCAGCAAGCAUUCUUGGCAUCGCCGUACAGAUGAUGAUUACUGCUGGCUACAAUGUAGCAAAGAGUGGAUCUGAUCCCGAGCAUCUUUUCCAACAACGACUUUUCUGGCAAGCAUACAUCAUGUCGAGCGAUGCAUCCGUAUAUCUCGGCAAGGCCCCAGGUGUGUGGGAUUCCAUAGUAUCCAACCUGCCAGAGAGAAAUCCAGCAGAUGGGCGUGCGAACUUGGCUUUUCAAGAUGGUUCGACUUUGAAUGUCCUCUACCAGCGCGUCACUUUAGCAAAAAUCCAGGGUAAAGUGUGGUCGAUGCUAUAUUCACCAAGCGCAAUGGAUAUGCCUCAUCACCAAAUCUACGAUCACGCCAUUGAAUUGGACCAUGAGUUGGAAAUAUGGAGGUUGAGUAUGCCGAGUAUCUCGAGCGAGGUAUUGUAUGAUGGCAAUGAAAGCCGGUCGAUCUACCUCACUCUGCUACAUCUGAGAUAUUACCAGCUUGUCAUAAAUAUCCAUUCUGUGUUGUUCAUCCGAGCGUCGAGUCCAGAUCCUCGGGUCAGGAAGAUGAGGGCUACGCCAAGCGUCGCCAAGUGCGUUCAGGCAGCGCGAGAUGCUGUAUCGUUGUUGGGCCACUUCAACAAAGACCAUCCAUUCAUGGGCCUUCUGGCGCCACACUUAGCUUGGUGCUGCGAUGUUCUUUGUGUUCAUGUGCUACAGAACAAGCAGACAGCAGGUGUCUAUCAAGACAUCGCCCGAUUGGAGAAAGUUGCCAAAACAUUCGAGAAGUUCACGGCUGAAUACGGCAACAAAGUUCAGUCACAAGUCGCAAAUAUGCUAUAUUUUGUAGCAGCCUACGGCGUGCGAAGUUCCAAGACAGUCAUACAACAGCCAGCUGAAGAUUGGUAUGAUAAUACCUACGCCCCGGCUCCUGUCUCGGAAGCUCCUCAGUACACUACUCCACCUGUAGCCACUGGCUUGUUUGCGCAUCAGGCUGGUGAUUUCCCGAUCAAUUAUGACGGGUCCCAGGGUACUCCUCAAUAUAUGAAUGACGGAGGAGAAUUCAUGGAGCCUGCUCCUUGGAACGGGAUAGGCUUCGACACCGAAUCUCAAGCAGGCAUGUCGUUCUUUAUUCAUUCAUGA